AUACGCACAAUUACGUACUGAUGUCAGUGCUUUCAGCUAUCACAAUGAAAUUUAUAUUGGCGUUGUUUGCCGUCUUGGCCAUUAUCGGUCUAGGCAAAGCUCAUCAGUUUCCAGAUUUCGGUAAAGGUCCUCUUCAUGAGGACAUCCAAGACCUUUUCGAUUUAAUUCCUGCAUCACAAAUUCAAGAAGUUGUGCUAGAUUACAUGGAAAACGAUCCUGAAGUACAAGAAGCUGUCAACUAUCUUUUAACUUCGACUAUACUUCAAGAAUUGCUAGAGGGUGUCGAGGCCAUUCCCGAAUUUAUCAAUUUGUUGAACUAUUUGCAAAAGGAAGGUAUCGAAAUUUACGAAGUAAUAAAUGAACUUAACAGAUAUCUCGGAAUCAAGGAACUCGAACCACCUUCACGUUCGGCUUCCGGUAUCCUGAGGACUGGUGGAAUUUCUGGACUUUUUGAAGACAUCAAAGCAUUAUUUAAUUACGAAGCUAUCAUUCGCAUCUACGUUCGGAAACUGAAAACCUCUUCAGCUUUCACCGGCUUGAUCAGUCAGCUCCAGUCUAAAAACUUCCAGCAACUGGUUAACAAACUUUACGACAUUAAGGCUUACGAGACCCUUCUGAAUGGCCUCAAGAGCAGCGGAGUGAACACGCAAAUUGUGUCGGAUGUCCAGUAUAUUGUUCUCGGUGUCAUUACACCGAACGAUCCAGAUCUUUCUCACGCUGAGCGCGCAAUGGGGGAUGAGCUUCAGCACUUUGGAAUCUUAUUCCGAAAGAAAUAUUUGUUGCAGUAGUGUCAAAACAGACGGAAAUUUAUAGAACACUUUUUUGUACAGCCUUACACUCGAAUUCCAUAUCUUGCACAACGUCGAAGGUCUAAAGAAUAUCAAAUCGUAAUGUAUCCAGAGAAGAAUUAAAUGUUAUCAAUUAUA